UGUUAUGGGGAAUAAUGGAGGAGACAGAGCUUCAGUUCAGAACUGGACUUCUGUGUUCAGGCGUAACACCAUGGAGGUGACGGUGGCUCCAGAUGAUGCAGAAAUGGGAACUGUGAACAAGGAUCUCUUUUCCUCCAGCCUGACCUCGUGUCCUGGGAUCAGCAGUCCAGCGUGUGUGUGUGAGGCAGGUCUCUGCUGUGGGGAAACAGGCUGCUAUGUGUACUCCGAGUUCUGGUGGUUCUGGUUACUCUGGACCAUUCUGAUUGUAUUCAGCUGCUGCUGCGUGCUCAGACACAGACGGAUGAAGCUCCGUCUCCAGCAGCAGCGGCAGAGAGAGAUCGAGCUCAUGGUGUAUCAGAGAGCCUGCAGAUACACACCUCCUCACCUUCUGCUCAGUUAUCUUGCUCUCUCCAAGCUGCCAUCCUAUGAGGAGGCGGCAUCUGACUCCAGAGGUCUUCCCCCCUCAUACAGUGCUGCGUAUGGCCUGCAUGGUGGCACUCUGCCCACCUCACACAGCUUGGGGACCUUCAGCUCCUGCUCCUCUGGGUCUAUCUCUCUCUUCUCCUCCUCUGCUCCAACAGAUGAGUUGCUAACCAGCAGUGCCACAACGCCCAGUGACUCUGGAGACACUUGUGACACUUCUUGUUUAGGCCUGGCUCUGCCCCCUUUGGUAGAAGAGACCACCCAUGAACAGUCUGACUCUGUGUCACCACCACUGCCACACCCAAAGGGGAUGGAAUAUAGCUUAAAUGCAGAAGGUGGUGUUGAGGAGAGUCCCAGAGUAACUCCCUCUGUUCUUAAACACACUGUUUUUUCCUCCAGUGUCUGUGUGUUGGAGAUUGAGGGGCGAGCCAAUGAAGAGGACCUGAAGGAGAACAGCUUCCGUCUCCGCACUCUGACAGGUGACUCCGGCAUUGAAGUUUGUCGCUGCAGGGUUAUUCAGGAGGAAGACGAUGAUGAUACUGAAGAGGCUGAAGUGAGUGCCAUAGGGGGUGGGGCUGGGCUCGUCCAUGACAGUGUGGACUGCUCACGCCAAAAUCGGUCUGACCAGUCAGAGCUCCCAUCUGUAGACUGCAACCAUCAUGGUUCUGCCUCCAAAAACCAAAGGAGUGAGGACUCUGUUGUCACUAUGGAAUCCUCAUGAAAACAACAAAUGAGAUUCCAGCAAACAACAACCAAGUCACUGGUCAACCAGACACACAGUUUCUUGUAAAGGGUCCGUGUUCUACAUUCUGCAUCUUGUAUUUUAUUUUAUUGUCCACUAGGUCUUCUAUGAGAGCUGCAUAACUGAGCAUUCACAGCACAAUGGAGUGAUUUGAAGCAUUAAUACAAAAUUCAGUUUUUGUGAGGCGGUCAUACGACAGAGUGUGCAGGCCCAGAUCAUCCCAUAAGUUUUACUGGCUAGGGGCCAUAAAAUUAUAACAGCUGCCUUGAUUUCCAGCAGGAACUGAACAAGCAGCACAGUGGAAAACAUU